AAACGUACAUAUAUUCUAUAUGUCUUUGGUCGCUGUGGAGGAAUGUCCACAAAGCUGGUCAAGAAGCAACUGAAUUCCUUGAUUGAGCAGCACGCCGCCCAUUCUGAAGGCAAGGCGGUUACUUCUUCGCAAAGGCCUAAAGAAAAGCGCCGGCAGGCGGCGCUGAAGAAAAAGCAAAAGCAGCUGCACAAGGAGGCUCAGGCUCAGCGGACGGAGCGCUUGGUGUUCAGGAAGAACCUCAAGUAUUACAGCACCACUAAGGGGACAAGCGACCUUAACGCAGAGCUCAUGGGCAAGCUGCUCGCCUCUGUGACUGCGCAGAAGAAGUGAACUGCGCCGCCGACCCAUCAGCGAUUACCCAGCCCCGAAGCAGGGGCACGCCAUCGUAGAUAUCUUAGCUCCAGAAGUAGAUCAUUCCAGUAAUGCCCUUGGGGGUAUGGACUUAUACAGGGUUGCCUUUCAGCAACGCCCCCAGUACUUUGCAGCAGGGCGCAGAGAUACGUGUGGAAGGCAUUGGCUUCCACCCUCCCGGAUCAGAGAAGCCGCUGCUGCAGGACAUCAACAUGUCCCUUCCAGCAAACAGCCUGGGACUCGUCAUGGGACGUUCCGGCUCAGGAAAGACCACGCUCCUUCAAGUCCUGGCAGGCCUCACGGAGCAGACCUCCGGCCACAUCCGCAUCCUGCGUGGUGCUGCGGCGGCAGCGGACAGCGGCGACACGGCCAUCCUGCAACAGAGCUUCGCGGCGGCGCAGACGGCGUCAGGGCAACACGGGGGCGCCCCGAGUAGCAACGGCGUCUCACCUGCCGUGUCGUCCGGAUCGUCCGGAGGACAUGCUAACGGUGCCGAAACGAGCACCGGUGCAAAUGGCGCAGCCGCUGUGGUGGUUCGACCAGGGUUGACAGUUGAGGAGCGGAUGCAGCAGGUGGGCCUCGUGUUCCAGUUUCCUGAGCGGCACUUUCUGGGAGAGGACCUUAUGCAGGAGCUCACGUUUACCUGGCCACGGUUGACGCAGUAUUGGGGGGAGCGGCAGGCGCUUUCUGCCAGGAUGCAGCAGGUAUUGGAGGCCGUGGGUCUGCAGGACAUCCCGCUGCAUGUGCAGCCCUGGGCUCUGUCUGGCGGUCAGCAGCGUCGCCUAGCGCUUGCCAUCCAGCUUGUGCGCCAGCCGGCGCUGCUGCUGUUAGACGAGCCGCUGGCGGGACUGGAUUGGGAAGCACGACAGGAGGUCGUGACGAUUUUUCGGAAGCUCAAGGAGCAGUGCACCGUGCUGGUGGUGAGUCACGACCUUGCGGAAAUCGCGCCACUAGUGGACUGCGCUUGGCGUAUGCGCACUGGAGGCACCUGCGAGCCGGUUUCGUGGCCACCGAUGGAUCUAGCGGGUUUAGAGCAAUAGUGGUGCCAAGAGGGAGCUGGGAGCUGGGCAAGGAGCUGGAAAGACGACGCGCGAAAGCUGGGGCAGGCCAGGGGGAGUUGGACAGGCAACCCUUGAGACAGGCAACCCUUGAGAGUAUCUCUUUUUGCUAGAGACUAUGAGGAUUUCAGCGUUAGGUUUCACGUGCUUCUAGAUUCUAUCUGCGGGAUGGCAUGAUGGCACACGGGCUUAUUGGCGUUUACAAGCAGGCUUGUGCCAGCGGUGUCAGUGUGUUAAGUGCCGUGCAUGCAGGUUGGCGUGUGUUUCUCUGAGUGUUUCUCACUCUGAGGCGUGUUUGAUAGGUUAGAUGUGCGGCCUAAUGCGGCACGCAAGGUACGCAAACACAACUGUACCUCUGUGCCAAUGGUUCGUGCGAUGACGGUGCGUCAACGCCUACAUCAGCAGUGCUGUGGAUGAUACUUAUUAACCAGAAUGCCAUUGUUACAGUGGACCCCG